AUGAUAAAAUAAAAGAUGAUAGAAAAAGAGGAAGAUCUUGUUUGUUCCAUGAAUCAUAAACUUCCAAUUUAUAUGGUUGUUUGUGAUAAAACUAUAGAUAAGAAAAAACGACUUUUAUGCAAUUUAUGUAUGGAUAAUUUAGAAACUAAUCUAAAUAAUGUAAUGAGUUUUAAAAAGGUAGCUUAACUAAUUGAGGAAAAUCAAAAAAAGAAGGUAGAAUAAAUGGAAUAAGAUAUAAUGAUGAAUAUCAACUAGAUCUAUGAACUUUAGAAGACAUUCGAUUAAUUGAAAUCAUACAUAAUCUAAUAAUUAGAUUAAUUCAUUAGUAACACAAAUGAAAUGGGAUGA